CGUGGUUUAAUUUUAUUUAAGGAUAAAUAUAAAUAAUGAGGGACUCUAUAAUCUAGUAUUGAUUUAAGUUUUGCAAAAUAAAGUUCAAAUUCUUAAAACUUUUAACAAUCUAUAUACUUUUGUAACGCAAUUGUACAUACUUAAAAUAUUUAUUAUAAUGAAUCGAUUGUUGUUUAUUAUUGGAAUUUAUUUUGUGUCCAUUACUUCAGGGCAAUUGAAUCCAGAAAAUGAUAUUGCCGGAUUUACUUCGCCUAAACAACAAUGUGUUUGUGUUGAAUAUUUCAAAUGUAAAACGGGUGUAAAUCCAAAUGAACCUGCAAUUGAUGUCAGACUUGGUGAAAAAUGCACCAACAUCUUACAUGUAUGCUGCGAACCAGAAAAUCUACUCUCCAACCCAGAAACUCAUCCGAAUGCACGUCAUGUGAAAUGUGGUAAAAGUAAUCCAAAUGGUGUUGAAUUUCCUGUUGAUGAUACGAAAUAUAAUCAAACAAAAUUUGGUGAAUUUCCAUGGAUAGUUGGCUUGUUACAAGAACAACUUUAUGCUAAAACUAAUAAAACCAUAUUUGUUUAUCAAUGUGCGGGCUCUUUAAUUCAUCCUCAAGUGGUUUUAACUGCUGCGCAUUGUGUGAUGAAUCGAACGAUAAGUAAGUUACGUGUGAGAGCUGGCGAAUGGGAUACACAAACAACGAAUGAACUGUAUCCACAUCAAGAUCGUUACGUGAAUCGCAUCGUGAUGCAUGAUAGCUUCUACGCACCAGCGUUACAUAAUGAUGUUGCGUUAUUGUUUUUAACGAAACCGUUUAUGUUAGACGAACAUAUUGACACGGUGUGUAUACCAAAUAUUAAUAUUCGAUUUAACACAGACCAAUGUUAUGGAGCUGGUUGGGGUAAAAAUAAUUUCGGCGGUCGUUAUUCAGUUAUUUUAAAGAAGCUUCAUUUACCAUUAGUAGAACGUAUUGGUUGCUUAAAAGCCUUGCGUCGGACACGUUUAGGUUCACGGUUUCAAUUGCAUGAAAGUUUUAUAUGCGCUGGAGGUGAAUAUGAGAUUGAUAUGUGCAAAGGUGAUGGAGGAAGUCCGCUGGUAUGUGAAAUGCUCGAUCAGCCCGGACAUUUUCAACAAGUUGGUAUUGUUGCUUGGGGUAUUGGAUGUGGUGAACAAAAAUUACCAGCGGCAUAUGUUAAUGUUUUAUGGUUUAGAAGUUGGAUUGAUCAACAAAUGGCUUUAGUUGGUUUAAAUUCGUCCACUUAUACUUAUUAAAUAUACUAAUUGGACCGUGAGCCCAUCAUAAAACGAAAAUUUUAUGAUUCUUUUUGUCUUUUUGAGAAUUGAUAAAGGUAAGCACCAGUAAACAGCUUCAAAGAGUUCCGCCCCCAGUAGUAAAAAUCUACUAAUUAAGACCUUUUAUUUCUGAUCUAGUCGUUUAUGG